AUGGCAACUGAGGAGCAGCAGCAUUAUUGUCGUGAAGUCGUCACUCGUAAAGCACAAGUCAUCGUAAGCAAAACGUUCACAAGACAAACACGGAUGCAUGCAAAAGACAACGGAAGACAAUUCGUCCGGCGUCUUCUAAGUGUACGAGAUGUCACCGAAUUGAGAGAUUUGGUGGUGCAGAAAAGUAGUGAAUACUACAAUUUAUCAUGGAAAAUGACAAUUACUGGACUGUAG